AUGAGUGGAUCAAAAUCCAACCCAAAAGCUUCUUUAUCAUUAAACACGAUUAUAACACCAUCGGAUGUUAUUCAACGAAGGCGACGAAUGGUUCGAAAUUAUUCGAUUCUUUGGUUAGAUGAGUGUAUGGAUGAAGCAAACCGAGAAUGUCAAAGUAUUUUGACACAAUUGAAAACCAAAACAGAUGAUGUAAACGUCUUUAAGCAGCGAGACGAAUGUAUCGACGCUCUUACAGAUGCUGAAGAAAACAUCAAGUCUUUUCUCGUUCUUGAAAACACUAUGGCUCAACAAAUGAUGCCGCUCAUGAAUGACAUCCCUCAAUUGCAUAGUGUUUAUAUCCUUAGUAAUAUUAAAUCCCAAUAUGAAGAAUGGUCAACAAAAUGGCAAAAAGUCAGGGGCGCUCAUACUAACAUCGAUGAUUUAUGUAAAGUAUUACAACUGCAUAUCAAGAAAUGCAAUCAAGAUUCGAUUGCCAUGAGUUUUAUCACGGUAAAUGAAAUGACUUCAACUGAUAAUUCAAAUCAAUUAGAGCCAACAUUUAUGUAUACUCAAAUAUUUAAGGAAAUCAUUCUUGAUAUGAAACAUGAUAAACAGGUCAUCAAAGAGUUUACAGCUUAUUGUCGACAACAUGACUGUGGAUCACCAACGAAUAUUGAUCAAUUUGAAAACGAAUACCAUACUCAAUCAGCUAUUUGGUGGUAUACUUCUCCCUCAUUUAUCUACUCUAUGCUGAAUUAUGCUCUACGCUCGAUGGAAGCCAACACAAUUAUUAAUAUGGGCUUUUUCAUACAUGAUCUUCACCAACAAAUUCAACAACUGCACCAACAACAAUUUAGUAGUUAUCACGAUAAACCAUUCAUAGUUUACCGAGGACAAGGUCUAUCCAAAGCAAAUUUUGAAAAACUGCAAAAAACAAACGGUUCUUUACUGUCCUUCAAUAACUUUUUAUCCACUAGUACGGAACAAGACAUUUCCCUACUCUUUGCCAACUGUGCGUCAGACAACGUGGACAUGAUAGGCAUUCUUUUCAAGAUGUUAAUUGAUCCUCGUGUUAAAUCAGUGCCAUUUGCUUCCAUCAAGCAAACAAGCUAUUAUAACGAGGAAGAAGAAAUUCUCUUCUCAAUGCACACGGUCUUUCGAGUGGGUCACAUUGAAAAAAUUGACAAUAACAAUCAAGUUUAUCAAGUUGAAUUAGAAUUAACGUCGGAUGAUGAUCAACAACUACGAUUACUUACAGAUCGGAUACGAGAAGAAGUUGGUGAUAGUACUGGAUGGAAAAGAUUAGGUAACUUAUUGCUUAAAAUUGGUCAGUUUAAUAAAGCUGAAGAACUUUAUAACGUAUUACUCGAACAAACAUCUGAUGAGGAUGAAAAAGUGCUUUAUUAUAAUCAGCUGGGAUUUGUCCAGUGGAAUCAAGGUGAUAAUGAAAAGGCUAUUUGGUAUUACGAACAAGCGCUUGAAAUUGAACAAAAAACGUGUCCUUCAAAUCAUGCUAGUUUCGCAACUUCGUACAACAGCAUCGGUUUGGUUUAUCAUAGUAUGGGAGAGUAUUCGAAAGCACUUUCAUUUUACCAACAAGCACUUGAAAUUCGACAAAAAACUCUUCCUGCAAAUCAUUCUGAUUUAGCACAGUCAUACAACAACAUCGGUGGUGUGUAUAACAGCAUGGGAGAGUACUCGAAAACACUUUCAUUUUACGAACAAGCACUUGAAACCUGUCAAAAAACUCUUCCUUCAAAUCAUCCUCAUUUGGCUACUUUAUACAACAACAUCGGCUUGGUGUAUAAACAGAUGGGAGAGUACUCGAAAGCACUUCCAUAUUGUGAAGACGCACUUGAAAUUUGUCAAAAAACUCUUCCUUCAAAUCAUCCGUCAUUAGCUACUUCAUUCCACAGCAUCGGUACUGUGUAUGACAACAUGGGAGAGUAUUUGAAAGCACUUUCAUUUCACGAACAAGCACUUGAAAUUGAUCACAACACUCUUCCUUCAAAUCAUCCUUCAUUGGCUAAUUCAUACGAUAACAUCGGUUUCGUGUAUAACAACAUGGGAGAGUACUCGAAAGCACUCUCAUUUUACGAAAAAACACUGGAAAUUCGACAAAAAACUCUUCCUGUAAAUCAUCCUGAUUUGGCUACUUCAUACAACCACAUCGGUUUGAUGUAUAACAAUGUGCAAGACUAUUCGAAGGCACUUUCAUUUUACGAAAAAGCACUUGAAAUCUAUCAAAAAACUCUUCCUUCAAAUCAUCCUCAUUUGGCUAUUUCAUACAACAACAUUGGCAGUGUAUAUAACACAAUGGGGGAGUACUCGAAAGCACUUUUAUCUCACGAACAAGCACUUGAAAUUCGACAAAAAACUCUUUCUUCAAAUCAUCCUGAUUUAGCACAGUCAUAUAACAACAUUGGUCUGGUGUAUCACAACAUGGGUGAGUCCUCGAAAGCACUUUUAUCUCACGAAAACGCACUUGAAAUCUAUCAAAAAACUCUUCGUUCAAAUCAUCCUUUAUUGGCUACUUCGUACAACAACAUUGAUUUGGUGUAUUACAAUAUGAAAGACUAUUCGAAGGCUCUUCCAUUUUACGAAAAAACACUUGAAAUUGAACAAAAAGUACUUCGUUCAAAUCAUCCUGAUUUGGCUAAUUCAUACAACAACAUCGGCGCUGUGUAUAACGGCAUGGGAGAGUGCUCAAAAGCACUUCCAUAUUGCGAGAAAGCACUUGAAAUUCAACAAAAAACUUUUCCUUCAAAUCAUCCUAUAGUGGCUACUUCAUACAACAACAUCAGGGCUGUGUAUAAAAGCAUGAGAGAGUACUCGAAAGCACUUUCAUAUUAUGAACGUGCUCUGAACAUAUGGCAGCAUGCAUUACCUCCAACUCAUUCUCAUAUAAAAGUGGUGAGGAACAAUAUUGAAAUUGUAACAAAGAACUUAUAA